CAGAGCAGUCGCUGCAGGUGAAGUCAACAGAAUGAUAGCUUUCCUUGUCACCGUGAGCGCCGCCCUCUUGUGCUCACACGCCGUCGCUGCGAGUAGCUACUUGGGACUUGACCAUGGAACGCCACUCGGAGGAUUUUCGCAACAUGGCACUCUUCACGGUGGCUUGAUCCCCGGUGGUCUUUAUGGCAACGGUGCGUCCCUUCUCAACCACGGACUUCCACUGGGACAUUUGCCAGGACCGAUUUACGGGAGUGGAGGCUACUUGGACUACGCAUACGGGACUGGUGCACACUUUGGAAAUCCUUAUGGAAAAUCAGGGUUUCUCAAAUAUUUAUACGGAAACACCCUAGGCCUUGCCCACCCAUACGGCGCUCUACGAAAUGUUGGAGUCGGUGGAGUGAACGAGGCUGAGGAUGAAACAUCGUCUGCCUCUGGAUCAGGUGCUACAAAUGGAGCCGAUUUCGUUUCCAACAAUCAAAUCGGCGAUUCCUCUCUAACUGGAAUUCGUGGUUUAUAUUCCAGUCCCAUUGCUGGCUUAGGUGGCUUCCAUUCCGCUCUUCUUCCUCCCACUUCCAGUGUUGCUUUAGGAACAUACCCUUAUGCUCUUGGACCUCACACUUCCAUUGCUGCUUUGGGAGGAUUCCCUUAUGCUGCUGGACAUCACGCCUCUCUUUCUGCCUUUAGUGGAAUCCUCCCUAAUGUUGGAGCUGCAGGCCAAUUCCUUUAUGGUCUUAAGCCUCACACUCCCAUUGAUUACUUAACUGGAUUCCCUUAUGCAGGUGGACCUCACGCUCCCCUUGCUGCUUCAGCUGGAUUCCACGCAGAUCUUGGCCUUUACCCUUCGCUUGCAGGUCUGGGUGGACUGUCUCCUUAUGUUGGACCGUACGCUGCUGGUGCUGGUUUUGGAAGAUUCAACGCUGCUUAUGGACGAAAUACCCCAAAUGUUGCUUUUGGUUCUCGCACCUCAGCAAGCAUGUCUUCAGGGAACAUGAACAACCAGGAAGCACAUGAACAAUAAAAUAUUUAUAAGACAGGGUGAAAUGCAAACAAACUAGAAUUUCCUGAGAAUAAAUUUACUCUCAAUACUCAUUUUGAAAUCUAAUCCUCUGUAAACAACCUUUCCUUGUUAUUCUAAUCGAUAUUGACUGUAAAAGAAAAUAACGGCAUUAAACGCAGUCUAAGAAUUCUUAUUUUCUUUUAGCUGUAACUUUUCUAUUGUCUCCUACCUUCGUUUAUCAUAUAUCGUACUAGGUUCACCAUAUAACUUGUAGUGUGCCAAUUCCAAGAUUAAUCUGGAAAAAAAAGUAAUA